AUACGAUGCCUUUGGCAAGUUAUAAUUGCAGGGCAACAACAGGAAGGUAACUCAUCCCUUUUAGUUUUUAUCUUCAAUAAUUUAGUGUAGCUAAAAUAGCAUCUUUAUAAAGGGUCGGCUGCCAGGACCCCAUCUACAGGUGUAUUGUAGAUUGUCAUCUUGUGACAGAAUUUUUCAAUGACCAGGUGUUUAAGCACAUUUUUAGCUGUAAACCUCUUUGUAAAAAUACAGUAUAUACAUGUAUAACCAAAUUUCUGGCAUGUCUAAGUUACAACUGUGUUAGAUCACUAUAUGUUAAGUCAUGUAACUUGUGUCAGUUUGAAAGUUUAAUUGAGUCAGUUCAACCCUAGAUUCUGGAUUCUGGUGGGCACCUUUAAUGAUUAAUCAGUAUAAAUUAUUUGUUAUUAUUAUUAUUUUCAUUAUUAUAAUAUGUUAUUAUCGUUAUUACACAUGUAUUGUAAUUAAUAAGUUUGAAGCCAGCAUUUUUGCUGCUUCCAGUGGAAGAUUUACUGCAUAUACACAAAAAAACCCCACAGAUUUAUGUCUUUUCCACCUUCUACUGCAUGAUCUGGUUAUCUUGCUUACUGCUAUAAAACAUUUUCAUUUGCCUGCAAUUGUGACCUGAACCCACCAUGAGCUGUCACUUUGUACCCUAGGCCUGCUAAAAGAUCUGACUGAAAGGCACUCGCGUCUUGUGGAAACAAUAAUAUUUGUCUUAAAGCUUCAAAUCACAAUAUCAUUAGUAUCACUCUUGUUUCUACUUUCAUGAGUUCCCGUAAUUAUUCUGUGUACAUUCUUGUGUAAUGAUGGUUUUCUUGUUUUUUUUUUAGGCUCCAAAAGACCAGUAGAAACCUCAAAUGAGGAUGUGAAGAGUAAAAUGGAGGUAUGGUACUGGUACUUGUACCUUUCAAUUACCUAAAGAUGUAUAGCAGGGCUGUCAAAACAUUUUUAAGUAGCAGGCUGAUAAUGAAUAGUUGGCAGCUUUGGAACCUCGCACCAAAGGCCAAGUUCUUGAGGGCCAAGGCAUCUAGGGACAUUUUUUUAGAGUCUCGGAGAUGUCCCGGGCAUUCCACAACAUCAUAGGUUUGAACAUUUCACAGAUCUAAUCCUGUUUAAAUAUGCGUCGAAACUGGGAAACAGAUGCUUUACAAUUUUAUUUGAUGGUUCUUAUCUUCUGUUAGAUCCUAUGGUAGAAGAACAUAAAAGUAGCCAGCUAAUGGUGGCUAACCAGCUGGCAGAUUUGGCUGGCUACCAGCCCUUAUCGAUAGCCCUGUUUAUGAAUGAAUGAAUGAAUGAAUGAAAGCCCUAAUAAAGGGUUCUCCAAGGGCUUUUAAUUCUAUUGUUCUCUGGUGUAGUGCUGGUUUUCUGUGGCUUUUGGGACUAAGUGGCCAGGGGGUGGGGUGUUGGGGGCUACCCCCUAUCAUGGCCUAUACAGGGAGGCUCUGCCUGAAAGCGGUACCUUUUUCAGGCUUCAAGUAUAUGAAAGGGUAGGGCUUUCACUAGUUGAAGUACACAAAAGGGUAGGGAAAUCUGAAUUUUAUGGCUUGAAAAAGUCAAGAAAAGUAGUUAUAUUUUGUUGAUUGAUUCCAAUUUAAAAGGCAAUGUAUUUAUAGCAGUUUAAAGAGACACAAAGUUCUAAACAAUAUAUGUAAAAUGGUUACUAUUUGUCAAUAGAGGGUAUUGUGGAGCCUCCCUGUAUAAAUAUUUGUUGAGUACCCCCUGCCCCCCCAAAAAAAAAAUAUGUUUGGGCAAGCUGCUGCUGACGUUUGUCACCCCGAAGCAGUCCUGCAGGCUUGCCGACCCCCUAUUUCAACAACCUUUAUUUUGACUCACCUAAUGUUGCUUGGCAACAAUUAACUAGUAAUUAAAAUGUGCUAGCCCAAAGAGUCACUCCAUUAGCCUAGGCUUUUAGACAGCACUUUUUGUUUGCCCCAUCAUGUCUUUUCCCACAGUUUUCAAGUCAUUGUAAAAACAAUUGAGGGGUGAAUCUUGCCAGAAUUGAAACAAAACUUUGUGUGGCUGAGUUAUUAAUUUUAUUCUGUUUCCCUGUGAGCAGAGGCCUCUUUUCAAAAGAGGCCCCAGUGCUAGCCGGGAAUUAGUCUUUCUUGUCAGCUGGCAGUAAUGUUACACUUAAAUUUUACUAAUAUUGGAUGUACAUGUGUUCUCUUUUUCUUUGCCCCCUGAACCCUGUAAUAUUGUAAACCCCUCUCAACCCCUCCUACCCCCAUCUCCUCUGAAAAUAUCACUCCUCCCUAUUGGGCAAAGGAAUAAUAUUGUCCUUAUUUGUUUUCACUAGAACCUUUCCUUUUUACUCGUGAUUGAGCGUUUUGGUUAUUAUUUUUACACAAUGGAUGCUAUUUGAUUAUUUUGUUAGGAAAAAGGUCAUGGUGAGACCCAGUCUGCACAACUACAAGGGGAUCAUAAUAUUCUCCUAACAGUGGCAAAUGAGGCAGAGUUGAUCAGACAUAAGUUAUUAGAAACAGUAACACCUCAGGAAAUAUGGGAUUCCACAAAAAGCCCACUCAAGCCUUUUUAUACUACAGGGUCAAUGUUGGGCGAAGGCAGAUUCGGAAAAGUCUUUCAAGGAACAGCCCAGGUGGCCAUGAAGUUCCCGAAAGAAAGGGGUCGAUCGGAUUUAAUAAAUGAAGUACGUAUUUUAAGUUGUUUGGAGCAUCCAAACAUUGUAGCCUUUCUAGGCACUAAUUCUGGGGCGCUUCUCAUGGAGAUGAUGGAUGAGAACCUCCAUCAUCAUAUAAAACGAAAAGGUGGUAGCCUAAGUAUUGACUCAAUAAUGAGCUUUGGACUAGAUGUUGCAAACGGCCUGGAGUAUUUGCAGCAAAUUGGCAUUAUUCACUUUGACAUCAAAUCUAGUAACAUCUUAAUCAAUAAUAAUCCAGAAGUCGCAAAAUUAAGCGACUUUGGAUUGGCAAAAGUGUUAACACGGCAAGAUGUGAGACUGGAAGUUCUACACUAUGAUGGACAGUUGUUUGGCAUGGAUCCUAUCUACCCUGAGUCGUUUAAGGUGAGCAAGAGCAGUCUUUUUGUUCUUUGCUAAUUUAAGUUUUUGCUUAGUGGUUUUGUCGUAGGUUUACUUGAAUUAUAUUUGCUUGCUUUCACACUUGAUUGAAGUUGUAGUUAGGUACUAGAGGUAGCUUAUAACCAACUACCCAACAGACGUUGAGGGAUGCAAACGACUUCGUAAACGCUAAAAGCAAUGCAAGAGAGAAACCUGACUGCUCGUAGGGUAGAGAAGAGCAAAAGUAAAUAAACAAAACUAAACUUAAUCACCAUACAAUCAACUUCCUCUCCUCACAAUCAAUAUUUUCACUUAAUGUUCAUGUUUAAUGUUGGUGGUAAAGAGCUUUAUGGUCUUUUAGCUCAAGGAUGCUGUUAUAACUUUAGCCUGGGACCCAGCUCCACAGUGGGGAAAGGGAAAAAGAAUUUGUUGUCUCACCCCCUUUUUUCCGUUUUCCUCACUGUGGAGCCUGGUUCCAGACUAUUAUAAAAACAUUUUAACUGUUCCUUUCUGUUUUACAUUUUUUGUGAAGUUUUUUUACUAAAGUAAAGUAAAACUUAAUAUCCACAGGGUAGCCCAAUCAGCUUUAAGGCUGGUCUCCAUGUAUUUACCCUUCUACUACUUAUUUCAGACGGAUAUCUGGAACUUUGGAUGGGUUCUCUUUGAAAUGGCGGUAUGUCGCUCUCCUGAUUUUGUCAAAUUGUCUCGUCUGGUGAAACAAUCGAAUGGUAGAUUCCCAGACCUUGAUGAGCUGGGGACAAAUUACACCCGCGGGGUCGUUCCAGGCGGUCGCCGUAAAACAUUCUUGAAGUAUCCAGACCUGAAAGAGCUGGUUAUUAAGUGCAUCGGGAUCGUCCCAGGCAGUCGCCCUGAAAUAUCCGAAGUAAUAAGCAUCUUGAAGGAAUAUUUUAAAAUGUCUCCCUAA